CAUGCCCCUGGCACUAACCGGCAUCUCCCGCCUCUCCAUCAAAAAAAGUUCAGGGCGUGGCCAUCGUCGACGGGACUCGUAUCGCUCUUUCCCCCCUUUCCAAUCCCCUCCUUUCCCGCCACAUAUAUUCGACGCGAUGAGGGCAGCACGAGCAGCAGGGACAGCGGCGGCGGCUGGCGCAGCGGCGCGCCAGAGGAUGGCACAGAGCGCGCCGACGGCGGGCAGGUUCCGGUGUCUGUUUGCGAGGGAGAGCGCGACGGUUAGGGUGGGUGGAUUGAGGGCUGGAGCUGUGGAGAUGCAGAGGAGGGCAUUUUCGGGCUCGAGGGGAUUGAGGAAUGAGGAGGCUGCAGCCAAGCCCGAAGUAGUUGUGCUGGGCCCCAGCCUCGAACAGAUCCAGAUCGACAUGUCGCCCUCGGAGAAAGGACGACUCUCGAAACUCCGCAACAUCGGUAUCGCAGCACACAUCGACUCCGGUAAGACGACUUGCACGGAGCGCGUGCUCUUCUACACCGGCCGCAUCAAUGCUAUCCACGAAGUUCGCGGCAAGGAUGCCGUCGGCGCGAAGAUGGACAGCAUGGACCUCGAGCGCGAGAAGGGAAUUACCAUCCAGUCCGCGGCGACGUUCUGUGACUGGAAGAAGAAGAAUGUCGAUGGCGUGGAGGAGAUGUUCCAUUUCAACUUGAUUGAUACACCCGGCCAUAUCGAUUUCACGAUUGAGGUAGAGAGAGCGCUGCGUGUGCUCGAUGGUGCCGUGAUGGUGCUGUGCGCAGUCAGUGGCGUGCAGAGCCAGACGAUCACGGUGGAUAGGCAGAUGAAGAGGUACAAUGUGCCGCGUAUCUCGUUUGUGAACAAGAUGGACAGAAUGGGAGCGAAUCCGUUCAAGGCCGUGGACCAGAUCAACCACAAGCUGAAGCUGAACGCUGCGGCGAUCCAGGUGCCCAUUGGCGGGGAGGACAGCUUCAAGGGUGUUGUCGAUCUGCUCCGCAUGAAGGCUAUCUACUUUGAGGGCGAGCAGGGUACUACGCUUAGAGAGACUGAUGAGAUCCCACCGGAUGUGCUGCCGAUUGCGCAGGAGCGCAAGAGAAUGCUCAUUGAGGCUGUGGCAGAUGUGGACGAUGAGAUUGCGGAGCUCUUCUUGGAUGAGAAGGAACCUACGACUGCUCAGCUCAAGGCGGCUAUCCGUAGGACUACGAUCGCGCUCAAGUUCACGCCUGUGAUGAUGGGUAGUGCGCUCGCAAACAAGGGCUUGCAGCCGGUUCUCGAUGCUGUCUGUGACUACCUCCCAGACCCAUCUGAGGUGCCUAACCUGGCUCUCGACCAGCGCAAGGCCGAGGCUCCAGUCGCGCUUGUUCCAUACAAUACCCUACCCUUCGUCGGGUUGGCGUUCAAGCUUGAAGAGUCCAAUUUUGGCCAGCUCACGUAUAUCCGUGUCUACCAGGGUACUCUCAAGAAGGCCAUGAACGUCUUCAAUGCGCGCACCGACAAGAAGGUCAAGAUCCCACGUAUCGUGCGUAUGCAUUCCAACGAGAUGGAAGAAGUUCCCGAAGUCGGCGCUGGCGAGAUCUGCGCCGUGUUCGGCGUCGACUGCGCGUCCGGCGACACCUUCACCGACGGAACCCUCCCCUACUCGAUGUCGUCUAUGUUCGUGCCCGAGCCUGUCAUCUCGCUCUCCAUCACCCCCAAGAACAAGACGGACACCAACAACUUCUCCAAGGCCAUGAACCGCUUCCAGCGCGAGGACCCCACCUUCCGCGUUCACGUCGACAGUGAUUCCCACGAGAACAUCAUCUCCGGUAUGGGCGAGCUGCAUCUCGAGGUCUACGUUGAGCGCAUGCGCCGCGAGUACCGCGUCGACUGCGUAACAGGCCAGCCUCGCGUCGCUUACCGCGAGACCGUCACCAAGCACGUCGAGUUUGACCACACCCACAAGAAGCAGACUGGUGGUGCCGGAGAUUACGCUCGUGUCGUCGGUUACAUCGAGCCAACCGGCAGCCUGACCUCGAACAAGUUCGAGCAGCAGGUCACUGGUGGUUCUAUUGACGAGAAGUUCCUGUUCGCUUGCGACAAGGGUUUCCAGGCCGCGUGCGAGAAGGGACCUAUGCUUCAGCAAAAGGUCUUGGGUACCAGUAUGGUCAUCAACGACGGUGCAACGCACAUGACUGAUUCCAGUGAAAUGGCGUUCAAGGUCGCGACACAGCAAGCCUUCCGCAAGGCCUUCCUCCAGGCCGGCCCCGUCGUGCUCGAGCCGCUCAUGAAGACCACCAUCACCUCGCCGAACGAGUUCCAGGGUAACAUCGUCGGGCUGCUGAAUAAGCGCAAUGCUGUUAUUCUCGAUACCGAGAUUGGGCCGGAGGACUUCACGCUCACGGCUGACUGCAGUUUGAAUGCUAUGUUUGGCUUUUCGAGCCAGCUGCGCGCGGCUACGCAGGGUAAGGGGGAGUUCGGGAUGGAGUUCUCGCAUUAUGCGCCUGCGCCGAUGCAGAUCCAGAAGGAGCUCAUCGCCAAGCACGAGAAGAUGCUGGCGGAGAAGCGCAAGUAGAUUUGAUGUUCCGCCAUGGUGGAAUUUCUUUGUAUUGAGAGCGACGCGCCGUCGUUUAUCUCGAGUAUGUCGUUCCUGGGACGACACUUGUAUUUUGAUGUACAGCAUAUCAUCACAUCACCACUGUACCCCUGGCGGCGCAUGAUAAAAGGGCAGGGCGGUAUAGAUUUUGUAUAUAGCACCGCAUUGAAUGGGUCGCGUGUUGCUGGUAAUUAGGUCUAGAUUGUAAGAUUAUGUAUGAGAUUGAAGCU